AAGACGCGUGAGUGGGCGUGGUCGGGGUUGAGAGACUUAACAAACUUCAGAGGAAGACGGCGGCAAAGAGCGGCAAGCGCGCGGACAGUUCUGACCGGACUUCAGCUUUCCCGGGUCUACCGAACCACAGCGGCGCGAAAAGGGAGAAGAUUUCCCCUCACGGCUCGGAUAGGAUACCGGAAGACCGGAGGGAGUUACAGCACCGAACCGGAGUUAACGGGGGAAGAACCGUGAAGUUUGAGGAACGGGAUGGACGCUCUCCGCCGGAACUGACCGGGAACUCACUGAAGAUGCUGGACAAACGGACGCAGACGUUCCGCCCAGAAGAAGGCGAGGAAAGAGGGAAGAACGGUAAGGAGCCGUUCCUCAGUCAGUACCGCUGCGGCGCCCUGCUGGGCAGCGGAGGGUUCGGUUCCGUGUUUUCGGGCCAAAGGCUGUCCGAUGGGCUGCAGGUCGCCAUCAAGCAGAUCCCCAGCGACAGAGUCCAGCAGUGGGCCAGACUGCCAGGUGAACUCCGCUCCGUUCCCAUGGAGAUCGCUCUGCUCCAGCGGCUGUCGGAGGGCGAAGGUCACAGCGGCGUGGUCCGUAUGCUGGACUGGUUCGAGGUGGAGGGGCGGGGCUUCAUGCUGGUGAUGGAGCGACCGCCGCAGUGCCAGGAUCUGUUUGACUUCAUCACGGAGCGAGGAGCGCUGCCAGAGCACCUGGCCCGCAGGUUCCUGCGGCAGAUUGUGGAGGCGCUGCAGUUCACGCACGCGCACGCGGUGGUGCACCGAGACAUCAAAGACGAGAACAUCGUGGUCGACACGAGGACGCUGGAGGUCCGGAUCGUGGACUUUGGGUCGGGCGCGCUGCUCAAAGAGACGCCGUACUGCGAGUUUGAAGGCACGCGGGUCUACAGCCCCCCCGAGUGGGUGGAGUCCCGCUCCUACGAGGCCGUCCCCCUCACCGUCUGGUCUCUGGGCGUCCUGCUGUUCGACAUGGUCUGUGGGGACAUCCCGUUUGAGCGCGACCAUGAGAUUGUCAAGGCCACGCCCAUUUUCACCAGGAGGGUCUCGAAAGAUUGCCGCGCUCUGGUCCGCUGGUGUCUGUCCUACCAGCCGGAGGACCGCCCCUCCCUGGAGGAGGUGCUGGCCCACCCCUGGAUGCAGCGAGCUGAGGAGGAGGAGGACGAAGAGGAGCACAGCUCGCUGCCCAGCCCGUCCCUGUGACCCUGAUCCGGACCGACGGAACCGGAACCCCUGCAGACUGACUUUGGUUCUGAGGAGGAGGAGGAGGAGGGGGAGGAGCCGCUCUUCCUCCCACUUUAUUUAUUGAUAUUUAUUGUUCCGUGAGUCCGUCCUGCGGAGGUUCAGACCCCCCACAGCAGAAGGAGGAAGAGGAGGAGGUCCUUCUGUCAGGAGUGAAGAGGCCGCUGCCCUGCGUUCUGUGGACGCGGCCGCCGCCUCAGCCGCACACCUGUAGCUCCGCCCUCAAAGUGGCUCUCGAGUCACUUGGUUUGGUUUAUUUACAUUAAAUAAGAGUUUGUGGAUCGAGAAUGAAAAGGAUCCAAAGUUUGAAUAAAAGAGUUUGAAGCACG